AUGUUUCAAAAUCCUGACAUGACAGCAACCGAGGAGAGAGCUACGCUGACGUGGCGGAAAAUCCCCAUCCUCAAAUCCUCCCCCAGCGACGUCGUUCCUCCGCUCCGAAACGACGUCGUCCUCCGCUUCGUACCCGGAAGUGGCACACGCUAUAAAUUCGCAAGCGUGUCGGUGGCAGAAAGGAAAUUCAACAGAGAAUUUGCGCCGACGGCCGCUCAGCUUCUGAAGCACCCGGUCGCGCUGGUCGCAUUGGUGCCUAAAGACGCCGCCCUGUUCCUCGCCGGCGCCAUUGCCGGCGCUACCGCGAAAUCCGUCACCGCCCCCCUCGACCGCAUCAAGCUCCUCAUGCAGACUCACGGCGUGCGAGUUGGACAAGAAAGUGCCAAGAAAGCGAUUGGUUUGAUUGAGGUAUCCAUUGCUAAUCUUUGCAUAGCUGGUCCCAAGCUUGGAUAUAAGGCAUGGGUUGUGGCAAUAACUGUAAUAGGGAAGGAAGAAGGCGUAAAAGGUUAUUGGAAGGGCAACCUCCCCCAGGUGAUUAGGGUUAUACCUUACAGUGCUGUCCAGCUAUUUGCUUAUGAAAUUUACAAGAAAAUAUUCAAGGGAAAGGAUGGUGAGCUCUCUGUUGUGGGAAGACUUGCAGCAGGCGCUUUUGCUGGCAUGACAUCAACUUUUAUAACUUACCCAUUAGAUGUCCUAAGAUUACGAUUAGCUGUUGAACCUGGUUAUCGAACAAUGUCAGAGGUGGCCUUGAGCAUGCUAAAAGAGGAAGGAUUUGCAUCUUUUUACUAUGGCCUUGGGCCUUCUCUCAUCGGCAUAGCUCCAUAUAUUGCAGUGAACUUCUGUGUUUUUGAUUUAUUAAAGAAGUCGUUGCCAGAGAAAUAUCAGAAGAGAACUGAAACAUCUCUACUCACUGCUGUACUUUCAGCAUCUCUUGCCACGCUUACAUGUUAUCCUCUGGACACUGUGCGAAGACAAAUGCAAUUGAAGGGUACACCUUAUAAGACAGUAUUGGAUGCCAUUUCAGGUAUUGUGGCACGCGAUGGUGUUAUUGGCUUGUAUCGUGGAUUUGUGCCCAAUGCUUUGAAAAACCUACCAAAUAGCAGCAUCAGGCUUACUGCAUACGACUUUGUGAAACGCCUAAUUGCAGUCAGUGAGAAAGAGUUUCAAACAAUUACAGAGGAAAACCGCAAGAAUCAAAAGAAACCACAAUAG